CGGUUUUGGUGCUCUCCAACACAGCCACUCACACACACAUGCCAGGGCCGUGUUCAGUACGAAAAUGUUUUGGAACGUCGCAGAUAUAAAUGCUAUGGAUGUCAUUAUUUACGUUACAUGUCAUAGAAUAGAGGCAUGUUUGUUCUAAAUAGCAUAUUUAUAUCUGAAUUUAACAAAACGUUGCGUCCUGCUGAACGCGAUCCAGGUAAAACAUGUAGGCCUAAAUUAGAUGACCUUUACUCAUUGGAAAAUUAAUUCUAAACAAUUCCACAAUAUUUGUGCAUGAGAACGUCAACACCACAUAAUACACGCUAAUUCCAUGGAAUUCCAUUUGGGAUAUUUUGACAGGGAAGGACAGAGUAGGACACACGUGAAUCGGAGUUCCUGUGCAAGAAGGCUUACCAGCUAGCUAACCUGAAAAAAUGUCCACCAUAUCUGCUGCCAGCGUUGAGCCCGUUGCAAUUGAGGGCACGGAGAAGAAACCACUGAAACCCUGUUGUGCGUGCCCAGAGACGAAGAAAGUUAGGGAUGCGUGCAUCAUUGAGAAGGGCGAAGAUAGUUGCACAGAUCUCAUCGAGGCACAUAAGGAUUGUAUGAGGGCGCUUGGAUUCAAGAUUUAAUAUAACUUUAUAUAAUGAGUAAUUGUGUGUCGUUGCUGGCUGGCUGUCUUGAAGGGACCUGGGAUAUUCCUUGUUUAUAUUUAUACCUCAACAUGAAAGGAAGAUGUGAUCGCUGCAAAGAUGAUCAUGAUGGAAGAUAUGUUCCACUGAGUGACAUGUGUUUUUAAUGCUCUGGAUUUCAGAAUUAUGUGUAUGUUCUGCUGAUUUGAAUGUCAUAAAUAUUCUAUGCAAUUUGA